GAAGAAGAGGAGGAAUACACUGGCUUAUCCGACGAAGAGGACGAAGACUACUAUACCGACGACGAUAUAGUCGAUCAAUCGGACUCCGCUUCUUUCGAAGAGCAGCAAGGCCCGCUUCAACCACACGGUGGUAGGCGUGCGCACUUCCCGGCGCGAGCUGAACCUCCGCCGCGUGGACACCUCCCACCUGUGGGACAUCUCCAACAACAAGCAGCCAACGUGGCUCCCUACGACGACCACGGCCGUUAUGGCCGAGAGGGCGCACACUUCCCCCCACAGAUGCGCCAUCAUCAAGCACAAAAUGGACAUGCUCCAGGAGGUGGACGCCAUGCUCCCUACAUGGAUCAGAAUGGUGGCCGAAACGGCUACGGCAACCACCCUGGACAGGGCAUGUAUGGCGCUAUGCAACCGAUGCCCAAUGGCGGCCCCCAAGGAAUGGUUCCAUACCAAUAUAAUAACAACCCCUAUGGCCAGAAUCCAUACGACAUGAUGGGAUACCCCAAUCCUUACUAUUACCCAAUGCAUCCAAACUUUCAGCCACCUCAUCAGAUUGCUGGCCAGCCUCAACAACCCCAACAGAGCAACGAGCUGGUGAAGGCACCGAGCCAAGCAGUGGAGAAGAAGGAGCCAGCACCUCCUCCCCCAGACCCUGAGAAGCUCAAGCUUGAGGCCGAGCUCAAAGCUUUCAAGGCGGCUCAGGAGCAGGCAAAAGCGGCAGAUAGGCAGCGGGAACUUGAGGCCCAAAUCAGAAAAGAUGCCGAGGAUGCCUUCCAACGACGGAUGGAAGAUAUGAGGAAGGCACAGGAGGAGGCCAAGAAGGAGAUUGAGAAGGCCAAGGCGGAAGCAGAGCGCGCUGCUAGAGAACGCAUCCAAGCAGAGCGGAAGGCGGAAGAGGAGAGGCAGAAGGCACAUGCUGCGGCAAUGGCCCAAGCUGAGGAGGCAGCGAGGAAGAGAUUUGAGGCAGAGAUGAAGGCCAAGGAGGAACGAGAAAAAAUGGAGGCAGAGGCCCGCAAGCGAGCUGAGGAAGAGGCGCAACGCCGACUCGAGGAUGCUAUCAGGGCGGCAGAGACGCAGAAACUUGCUGCCGAGAAGAAAGCGGCCGAAGAAGCGGCGCGCAUGAAGCAGAUCCAAGAAGAUGCGAUCCGCAAGGCGGAAGCUGACGCAAAAGCGGCGGCAGCUGCCAAGGCUGAAGCCGAGGCCGCGGCUGUCAAGGCGGCCGAAGAGAUGAAGAGGAGAUUUGAAGAAGAAUCCCUCAGAGCGGCAGCUGCCAAGGCUGAAGCCGAGGCCAAGGCUGCCAGGGAGGCUGAAGAGAUGAAGAAGAGAAUUCAGGAAGAAACCAUCAGAGCGGCAGCUGCCAAGGCUGAAGCUGAUGCAAAGGCUGCGGCCGAAGCCGAAGCGUUGAAGAAAAAGAUUGCGGAAGAUGCCAUCAAGGCGGCAGCUGCCAAGGCCGAGGCUGAUGCAAAGGCUGCAGCUGAAGCUGAAGAGCUGAAGAAAAAGAUUGCAGAAGAGGCCGUCAAGGCGGCAGCUGCCAAGGCCGAAGCUGAUGCCGCCGCUGCCAAGGCAGCAGCGGAGAUGAAGAAGCAGAUCGCCGACGAGACGAAGGCCAAGUUUGAGGAAGAGAAGAAGAAGGCCGAGAAGUUACCGAUCAGGUUCAAAGAUGCGGUUGGCAGAAAGUUUAGCUUCCCAUUCCACCUUUGCGCCACCUGGGCAGGUAUGGAGGAGCUCAUCAAGCAAGCUUUCCUCCAAGUGGAAACUCUGGGUCCGCAUGUCCAAGAGGGCCACUACGACCUAAUUGGGCCUAACGGAGAGAUCAUCUUGCCCUCUGUAUGGGAGAAGGUGGUUGAACCAGACUGGGCUAUCACCAUGACUAUGUGGCCGAUCGAGAAGAUGCCUCCGCCUCGGAUGCCGGGCCCAGGAGGCAAGAUUCCAUCUCACGGUGGGCCGGUGGGUGGUCGCGGCCCUCUCCACCCCGGCCGAGCAGGCAAAGGCGGUCCGGUGCCAAUGCCUCCCCCAUUUGGCCAUGCGCCUGGGAAGGAUGGAAGAGUUCCCGAAGGUGUGACCGUGGUCAACGCCACACCCCACAAGCCCAAGAAAGACAAGAAGAACCAUGGAAACCCGGGGUUUCUGGGGUUCAUUGUCGGGGGUGGCAAGCCGAAGAGAAAGUCGAAGAGCAAGUGA